UUGUUAUUUUCAGCGUUUUGUCUUCCAAUACGAAGGAAGCCUUGAGAACAUGAUGGAUAUGAUUCUCUCAAUAUCGGUACUUCAAUAUAAGCAAGGACUGCGUCGAGAUAAGCUACUAGGAAAUACACGCCUGGAUUUGGGAGCUAUCUGGACGCAACCAGGACAUGGCAUAGCCGAGAAAUGGAUUGUUUUAACACACCCUUUAGAUCCUGUAGGAGAAAUUCGAGGCUAUCUUAAUUGUGAAAUAUCUAUUUUUCCAGGGGGAGAAAUAACUCAUUUUACUGAGAAAGAACGUUUAGAUGCUAGAGAAAUGUUCUUGACUGAAAGUUUUGGUGGUGGAAGACUAAAAGCAAGAUAUAUAUUUGGAGUACAUAAAGGUGAAAAUAUCAGUGUAACUGGAAAGAAUCUCAGUGUAUUUAUUCGAGUUUUUUUUGCUGGUUUAAGUAGUGAAACAACAAAACGAAAAAAUACAAAAUUUCCCUUAUGGCAAGAAGAAAUUGUAUUUACAGAGUUAUUUCCUCCAAUGUACAAUAGAUUUCGAAUAGAUGUCCACCUAGCAAAAAAUAUUGUAUGCAGUAAAUACUUAAAUCUGUCCUCAAUAUCUGAUCCUACAGUUAGUGGUUUCUUACCAACAUAUGGGCCAUCAUCUCUUUACCUGUAUUCACCACCUUACAACUUCCUUGGAUCAAUACUUAUUUCAUUGGAAACUAAAACUGUUUACGCUUUAUAUGAACAUGAAAAAUUAUUAGGUGUAAGAAGAAGGAGAGGUAUUAAACUCCAAGAGAAACUAUUUUGGAGUAUGGAAGAAUUUGCACUUUUUGGAGUAAUUUAUGAGAUCUCUAUGUUAAAAAAGGAUAUCAAAAGUCAAACUGAAAUAUCUGUUGGUUUGGGAUUUGGUGCAUCUGUUCAGCGGCCCGAAAAUGAAUUUAACAUACUUGAAACUUGGUCAGAUAAAACAGUACAAAUGGAUGAAUCAUACAUGUGUAUUCCAAUAACAUCUGCAAAGCAAACACUAUAUAAAAAAGAAAAACUUCCAGAUAACAGAAAACGGCUUUUCAUAUCAAAUCGAUUGAAUCACAUAAGAAAAGAAUUUGGACAAGAAAUGUUACAACUUCAAUUUUCAUUGGAGCAUUCACCAAAGACAGUUGAAAAAAGGCUGAACACUGUAAUGAAAAAUCUCAUAGACAAUUGUGAACUUUUUAAGUCUUCUUCAAUCACUGGUUCCACAAUGUUAGAUAAAGAAAGGCUUAAAACCAUUGUAACAAAUUUGGAUAAUAUUAUAACCAAUGCAGAGCAAGUUAUAAAAAGCAACUCACGACUAACUACUAAAUUUGAUAUUGGUUUAAAAGUGUUCAGAGAUAUUGUGAAUAUUGUUCAAGAUCCUCAAGAAUCAUUCCCUCAAAUUAUUUUGACAAUAAAAAGUAAGGAAAAAAUAAUCGCAUAUACAAAAAUUCCUCCAAAGGAUGUUCUAUUUUCUUUAAAAGAUAAUGAAAAAGGAAUUAACUGCGGUAUUAUUCAAUCUCUGUUUUUAACGAAUAUAAGUAAGAGAGGAAAUGGUUUUGGUGGCAAAAUUGACAUACUUCUUUGGUUUGGCCCGUUUGCAUCAAUUGGAUAUGGUUUAUCUUCCAUUCCUUCAGGUUUCCAAGAUAUAUCACAGGAAUAUGAUUUUCCAAAAGCAAUUGUGUACUCGGAUAUAAAUUAUUUUUCAUGCAGAGCUCAUUUAUAUCAAGGUCAUUUUCUUCCCUGUGAUGAUGCUUCUGGAUUAUGUCAAAUUUAUGUUAAAAUCUAUUUUAAUUGUAGAAGUGAAACAUCUUCGCUGAAGGAAGGACUAUCGCCAGUAUGGAUGGAAACGCUGGUAAUCAAAGAUGCUAUCAUCUAUGGAAAUCCCGAAAACAUUAAAAGUAAUACCAAGAAAGUUGUUGUCGAAUUUUGGAAUCAAAGAAAAAAUGAAAAAGAUUUAAUUGGGAGAAUUUUUGGAAAACCUCAUGUUUUUCUAAAAGAUGAAAAACUUCAGCCUCCGAAUUAUCCACCACCUUUGGAAUGGCAAAGAAUUUGUGAACAAGGAAAAGUAAAAGGAGAAAUAUUAGCUGCCUUUGAGCUUAUUCAGAAUCGUGAUGGGGCAUCAGCUGAUGAAGGACAAGAUCCAGUAAUUGAUUUGCCCAAGUAUAUAAAACCAACUACAAAAACAUACAGAUUUGAAAUUUUGUUUUGGGGUAUCAGACCAACCAAACAUACGAAAAUGUCAUCACUCAGCCUUCCUCGAAUUAUUGUUGAUUGUGGAAUGAUGCAUAUCGAAUCAUCUGCUUUGAGUGAUGCCAAUUACUUUCCAAAUUUUCAGGAUCCUCCCGUUUUGGUGGAGGUUGAGUUACCUGAAAAUUGGUAUUUUGCACCACCAUUUGUUAUGCGUCUUUACAGUUCUCAAGCUUUUGGCACUUUGGCAUUUAUCGGAACUGAAAUAAGAAGGAACCUAAGAAAACAUUAUUUAAAAUUUCCUACGUGGAAAGAAUGGCAUCGAUCAAGGUCAAAAGCCGAGACGAUAAAAACAUCUAUUUCAGGAAAUGAUCGAUUAGAUGUUGGAUCCACAAGGGGAAGUUUUUAUCCUAUGGUAGAAGAAGUUAUCGUUGAAGAGCCCUUAGUGGAUUUAAAAAGGGAUGUACAACCCAAAGAAGGAGAAAAUGCUGAUCUUUUUCAACUUAUGGAAGGGAAUAGAAUGAAAAAGAAGUGGUGGUGGAGACUAGUCCCAUGCGCCAAGAAAUCGUAUAAUCUGCAAGGCUAUAUUCCCUUACGAAUAAUAAGUUCUAAGACAGAAGUUGAGAGUGAUAGACUAUCUUCCCAUGACUGGUGGACAAAAUAUUAUGACUCGAUUCGCAUGAAGAAAACGUAUGAGAAGGAUGAAGAUCCACAGAACAAUGUCACUGAAAUAACAAGCGGAGGUAUGAAAGCAAAUGUCAAAUUUCGAACCAAAGGCUUUAAGAUUUACAAUGAAGAACUUGAAAAACAACCUGAAUUUCAUGGUUUUCAAGAUGUACUUAAUACGUUUACAAUGUCUAAAACUUCAUCUUCAGGAAAGACUACUAUUUCUUAUUUGAUAAAGGCUGGCGUUUCUCUUUAUGAUUGGCCUGCAGAGGAUAAGGUAUCUGUUGAAGGAUUUGGCUUAGAGCAAGGAAUAUUCCCUCCCUUGGCAAAGGAAUUGAAUGCAGUUAUAUCUAUAGUGAUCAGAGUUUAUAUAGUGAGGGGUCAUAAACUUCACAGUAAACAUAGAUACGGUAAAGUGGAUCCCUACAUUAUUGUUUCAAUACCUUCACACACAAUAAAUGAUAUCAAACAAGUUAUUCAGCAGGACAGCAAUCCAGUGUUUGGAAGGUUUUUUGAAUUUGAAGGAAAGUUGCCAUUUGAUUCUAUUCUUACAAUUAGCAUAAUGGACAAAGCUAUUAAUGAAUUGAUUGGUGAGACUGAAAUAGAUAUUGAGAAUAGGUAUUAUUCCCGUCAUCGAGGCACCUGUGGAAUUCAGAAAUCAUAUUUUAAAAAAGGUUAUGAUGCUUGGAGGGAUGUAUAUAAACCAAGUGAGAUCCUAUAUUGGCUAUGUCUGUCUAAUAAUAUACCAGCACCAAGAUACACACCUGGGAAUAUUAUGGUAGCAAACAAGACAUUUGGAACUGAAAAGAGCAAAAUGGAAGGUAGUACUUAUGCUAUAGAUCGGAAAGAAGAACUUGCACUAACAGUUUUACACAAUUGGCAUAAAAUUCCUUUUGUUGGUGCAAAGCUUUUACAGGAACAUAUUGAAACUAGAUCUCUUUAUAACCCAUCUUUAUACAAUGUAGAGCAGGGCAAACUUGAAAUGUGGGUAGAUAUUCUACCCUUCCGUUCCAAACUCCCACCACCUGUUGAUAUUACACCAAGAGCACCUGAAAAAUAUGAACUAAGAGCAAUUGUAUGGGGUACUAAGAACGUUAAACUUGUGGAUGAAGGUUUGAUGGUAGGCAAGAGGCACACAGAUAUAUUCGUUAAAGGGUGGUUGAAAGGAAGAACGGACAUUCAAAAAACUGAUACCCAUUAUGCUUCUCUGACAGGUGAGGGUUUUUUCAACUGGAGGUUCAUAUUUAACUUUUCCUAUGAUAAAGAGGAAGAAAUGAUUGUGCUUGAGGAAACAAAUAACAAAAUUCCUCCAAUUAUUUAUUUACAAGUAUGGGAUCGUGACCGAUUUGUCUCAAAUGAUUAUAUUGGUUCUUUAUCUAUUGAUCUUCGUAAUGUGCAAUCACCUUCAAGAAACAUCCCAUACACUUCCAAAUUCAUGCAUUUACCUAAAUGGCAAGUGAAUCUUUUUCGAAUUAACAAUGUUAGGGGUUGGUGGCCAUUUAUUGGCCCCUCCCGUACAAAGGUGGAAACUGUGGGGAUGGUUGAUUUAGAAUUACAUUUAUUAACUGCUGAAGGUGCUGAAAGAAAUCCUGCUGGCCUUGGGAGAAAUGAGCCCAACAGAUUACCUGAACCUGUGCGACCCAUAGUAAAAUAUACAUUGUGGAUUGUUCCUUUCCGUGCAAUAAAAAAUUAUCUUUGGAUGUACCACAAGAAAAAAAUUCUGAUGGGCCUUUUAACACUUUUAUUAGUUCUCUUUGGUCUAAUUGCAUUUUAUUCCAUUCCUACUUUUACUGUGAAAAAAAUGUUGCAUGCAUGA